UCUAUAUUUGCUUCCAUACAGACUCAUGGAAGGGGGAAAUCAGUCUGCAAUCUCAGGGUUCAUCCUUCUGGGCCUUUCAGACCAGCCAGAACAACAGAGGGUCCUGUUCUUCCUGUUCCUCCUUAUGUAUCUGGUCACAGGGCUGGGGAACCUGCUCAUUAUUCUGGCUAUUAGCUCUGAUCCCCGCCUCUACACCCCCAUGUACUUCUUCCUCAGUAACUUGUCCCUGGUUGACAUCUGCUUCACCUCCACCACCAUUCCCAAGAUGCUGAAUAAUCACAUAACUAAAAACAACAUGAUCCCUUAUGCUUGGUGCUUGACACAAGUAUUCUUCAAUAUUUGGUUUGCAGGGAUCGAUAGUAUCCUCCUUGCUGCCAUGGCUUAUGACCGCUAUGUGGCUAUUUGUGCCCCUCUACACUAUAGUACAAUCAUGACUCCGAGGGUCUGUGCCUUUCUAGUCCUAGUGUCUUGGUUUUGGGCCUAUACAAAUUCCCUGACACACACCAUUUUGCUGACCCAUCUCUCAUUCUGUGGCCACAAUGAAAUCCCCCAUUUUUUCUGUGACCUCAGUCCCCUUUUGAAAUUGGCCUGCUCAGACACCUACAUCAAUGACUUGAUGGUCUACACAGUGGGAGCACCAACAGUAUUUCUCCCCUUCGUUGGAAUACUCAUCUCUUAUGGUUUUAUUUUCAUGGCAGUAAUGAAGAUCUCCUCUGUGAGUGGGAAGCAAAAAGUUUUCUCCACCUGUGGAUCCCAUCUCACUGUGGUCUGUCUCUUCUAUGGGACAAUUAUUGGAGUGUACUUCAGCCCAACAUCCACCCACACAGCCCAAAAAGAUACAGCAGCAACGGUGAUGUACACUGUAGUCACCCCCAUGCUGAACCCUUUCAUCUACAGCCUAAGGAACAAAGACAUGAAAGGAGCCUUAAGAUCUUACCUAAGGAGAUAG